AUGACUUUCACAGAUGAUGAGCUGCCGACCGAAGGGAGAGGGCAUAAUAAAGCACUACACAUAUCAGUAAUGUGCCUUGACCAUAUAAUGUCAAGAGUCCUCAUUGACAAUGGCUCCUCGCUGAAUGUCAUAUCAAAAUCAACAUUAGCAAAACUACCUUGUGAUGGUACAUAUAUGAGACCAAGUCCCAUGGUUGUUAGAGCUUUCGACGGGAGUCGCAGAGAAUUAAUGGGGGAAAUCAAUCUCCCAGUUCAAAUAGGCCCGGUCACAUUUGAAAUCACGUUUCACGUGAUGGAUAUUGUACCCGCUUAUAGUUGCUUAUUGGGGAGGCCAUGGAUCCAUUAUGCCGGCGUAGUGCCGUCUACCUUACACCAAAAGCUGAAGUAUAUGAUAAAUGACCAAUUGGUAACCAUAUCAGGAGAAGGAGACUUGUUGGUGAGUAAUUUGUCCACCACACCUUAUGUUGAGACAACAGAAGACGCUCUAAAAACUGCCUUCCAAACACUAGAAAUUGUGGACACCACUUAUGUCGAGACGACACCUAUAGAACCACAUAUGUCAAACACUGCUAUUAUGGUGGCUAAGUUCAUGUUGAGCAGAGGACACCAUCCAUGGCACGGGUUGGGGAAGGAUGAAGAAUGGCUCAAAGAACCGGUGGAACUUCCUGAAAAUAGAGAUAAGUGGGGUUUAGGUUACAAACCCACCAGGGAUGACAAACGGAGAUUGGUCAAAGAGAAAAAAGAAAAAAGAUUAGCUCGAAUUGAAAAUCGAGAGCCAAGAAUCGAAAGGAUUCUCAUUUGUGACAUUCGACGGAGUUUCCAAAGUGCAAGACCAACAAGUGAAAUCCAUAUUGCGGCAGUUGAAGAUGACAUGUUUGAUGGGGAAGCUAAUUGGACUCGUCCGUGUGGUGUAGGGGCAGAAAUCAGGAAUUGGAAAGUAGUCAAAUUUGGUAAUAGUUCAUUCACAGACGACUGUACUAAGAUCUCGUUGCAUAAUCUUAACCAUCUUGUUAGUCAAACAGAAAAAUAUAAUGAAGAAGAUUAUGAACCCCCUCUAGAUUUGUUAAGAGCGGUAGAACGGGAAGCCCAGGGUAUCAUGCCCUUUGAGGAACCGAUAGAAAUUGUUAAUCUAGGGACGGAAGAAGGAAGGAAAGAAAUUAAGGUUGGCGCCAUCUUAAAGAAAGAAGUAUAUCACAAACUAAUCCAACUCCUACAUGAAUACAAAGAUGUUUUUGCCUGGUCAUAUCAGGAUAUGCCUGGAUUGGAUACUAGCAUAGUGGAGCAUAAAUUGCCCUUAAAACCCGAUUCUCUUCCGGUGAAACAAAAAUUAAGGCGAAUGAAGCCUGAUAUGUCAUUAAAAAUCAGGGAAGAAGUACAAAAACAAUUUGACGCAGGAUUCCUCGCUGUGGCAAAUUAUCCCCAAUGGAUAGCCAAUAUUGUACCAGUGCCAAAAAAGGAUGGAAAAGUACGAAUGUGUGUCGAUUAUAGGGACCUUAAUAAAGCUAGUCUUAAAGAUGAUUUCUCGUUACCUCACAUCGAUAUUUUGGUUGAUAACACGGCUCGCCAUUCACUUUUUUCCUUUAUGGAUGGUUUCUCUGGGUAUAAUCAAAUUAAGAUGGCAGCUGAAGAUAUGAAAAAAACGACUUUCAUCACUCCUUGGGGAACAUUUUGUUACAAAGUAAUGCCUUUUGGUCUGAAGAACGCUGGGGCAACCUACCAAAGAGCUAUGGUAACCCUAUUCCAUGACAUGAUACAUAAAGAGGUCGAAAUUUAUGUAGACGACAUGAUUGCUAAAAAGUUUAAGCUAAAACUCAACCCCUCCAAAUGCACUUUUGGGGUGAGAUCGGGCAAAGUAUUGGGAUUUGUGGUUAGUCAGAGAGGAAUAGAGGUUGAUCCCGAUAAGAUUCGAGCCAUUGCAGAAAUGCCUCCCCCGAGUACAGAAAAAGAAGUUCGCGGUUUUCUUGGGAGACUAAAUUAUAUUUCAAGAUUUAUAUCACAACUAACUGCUACUUGUGAACCGAUAUUUAAACUUUCACGGAAAAAUCAAACAGCUGUAUGGAACGAAGAAUUUCAAAAUACAUUUGAAAAAAUCCGACAGUAUUUGCAAAAUCCUCCAAUUCUAGCCCCACCAGUUCUGGGCCGACCCUUGAUUAUGUAUCUUACAGUCCUCGACGGGGCCAUGGGAUGCGUACUGGGGCAACAUGAUGAAACAGGAAAAAAGGAGCAUGCCAUUUAUUAUCUAAGUAAAAAAUUUACAGAUGCUGAAACAAGAUAUACAAUGUUAGAACGUACUUGUUGUGCCUUAGCCUGGGCGGCUCAUCGCUUGAGGCAAUACAUGCUUUGCCAUACAACUUAUUUGAUAUCCAAAAUGGAUCCAAUCAAGUACAUUUUUGAAAAGCCCGCUCUCACAGGGCGAAUUGCUCGAUGGCAGGUGAUGUUAUCAGAAUAUGAUAUUACAUAUGUUACUCAGAAAGCCAUCAAAGGGAGUGCCUUAGCAGAUUAUCUAGCUAAUCAACCUGUUGAUGAUUAUAAAUCAAUGCAAUGUGAAUUCCCAGACGAAAGUAUCAUGGUUUUGUCUUAAGAAUAUGAUGAUGGAAAAUGGACCUUGUUGUUCGACGGGGCCUCAAACAUAAUGGGGCAUGGGAUUGGGGUUGUUUCAAUAUCUCCAAAAAAAACGUUCAUACCUAUCACAGCGCGAUUGUGUUUUGAUUGUACCAAUAAUAUUGCAGAAUAUGAAGCUUGCACCAUGGGAGUUUUGGCGGCUUUGGAAUCGAAAGCAAAAGUUCUAGAAGUAUAUGGAGAUUCAGCCCUAGUCAUUAAUCAACUUAACCAAGAAUGGGAGACUUGAGAUAAGAAGUUAAUACCUUAUUUUACCUACAUAAAAGAAUUGUCUUUAGAAUUUGACAAAAUCACGUUUCACCAUGUCCCUCGAGAAGACAAUCAAUUGGCUGAUGCUUUGGCUUCUUUAUCAUCUAUGUUCCAUAUAAAUCGAAAUUAUGAAAUCCCAUCAAUUAAAAUGGAUAGUCGAGAUUAUCCAGCCUACUGCCAUGUCAUGGAAGCAGAAACUGACGGAAAACCGUGGUAUCACGACAUCAAACAUUAUCUUUUAAAUAGAGAAUAUCCUCCCGGAAUAUCGGAGAAUGAGAAAAGAACUUUGAGACGGUUAUCCGCAAGCUUUUUUGUGAACGGAAAUAUUUUGUAUAAGAGGAAUCACGAUAUGGUACUCCUCAUAUGUGUUGAUGUUAAUGAGGCAAAGGAAAUUCUACAAGAUAUCCAUGAUGGCUCUUAUGGGAUCCAUAUAAAUGGACACGCCAUGUCUAGAAAGAUUCUUCGGGCCGAAUAUUAUUGGCUCACCCUAGAAAAAGAUUGUUAUAAUUAUGUAAAGAAAUGUUAUAAGUGUCAAAUAUAUGUUGAUAAUAUCCACGCCCCACCAAUGCCCCUGAACACCUUUCCAGCGCCCUGGCCAUUCUCAAUAUGGGGCAUAGACGUCAUCGGAAUGAUCGAACCGAAAGCAUCAAAUGGACAUCGCUUCAUCUUGGUGGCAAUUGAUUACUUUACCAAAUGGGUAGAGGCAGCUUUAUACGCCAAUGUGACCAAAAAUGUGGUAGUCAAAUUUAUAAAAAGGGAAUUAAUAUGUCGUUAUGGUCUACCAAGCAAGAUCAUUACUGACAAUGCCACAAAUCUAAAUGAAAAAAUGAUGGAUGAAUUGUGUGUCACCUUUAAAAUUCAACACCACAACUCGUCCCCGUACAGACCAAAAAUGAAUGGUGCAGUUGAAGCAGCAAAUAAAAACAUCAAAAAAAUUAUUCAGAAAAUGGUUAUAACAUACAAAGAUUGGCAUGAGAUGUUGCCAUUUGCACUACAUGGGUAUCGUACUUCAGUAUGCACUUCAACUGGGGCAACCCAUUUUUCCUUAGUAUAUGGGAUGGAGGUUGUGCUACCUAUUGAAGUAGAAAUCCCCUCGCUAAGAAUAUUAAUGGAAGCUAAACUAGAGGAGUCGGAAUGGGUACAAACACGUUUUGAUCAAUUGAAUUUGAUUGAAGAAAAAAGGUUGGCGGCCUUAUGUCAUGGACAAUUAUAUCAAAAAAGACUGAAGAAAGCGUAUGAGAAAAAAGUAUGUCCUCGAGAAUUCCAGGAAGGUGAUCUGGUGCUGAAAAAAAUGUUACCCAUUCAAAAGGAUUAUCAUGGGAAAUGGACCAUACGUCGUGAAGAAAGCUUUCUCAGGUGGAGCUUUGAUCCUUACGAAUAUGGAUGGAAAAGAUUUAGCUCUUCCUGUAAACUCAGACGCCGUAAAAAAAGUUUUGAUGGUGAUAUAAUUGAUUGUGUUUUGAUUCAAAAUCAACCCGCAUUUGAUCAUCCUUUAUUGAAAGGACAUAAGCUAUCGAACUCAUCAGGUGAAUCAUGUCCUAAAGGAACAAUUCCAAUCAUAAGAACUAAUGAACAAGACAUAUUAAGAGCUGACUCUCUCGACAAAUUUAGGAAAAAAUCAAUUGACCAUGUUAACUCCCUUUAUCGACACGAGAUUCGCAGGCAGUUGGGUAGUAAGCUGUUAGUAGAUUCAAAGUCUCGACCAUAUUUCUUUUUGGUGUACAAAGGGGUUCUACGUGAUGGAAAAAUAGUUGCAAUCAAAAGAGCUCAGCAAGGAUCAAUGCAAGUAGGCCUAGAGUUCAAGAAUGAAAUAGAGUUGCUUUCAAGAGUUCAUCACAAGAAUCUUGUUGGCCUUGUGGGAUUCUGCUUUCAACAAGAAGAACAGAUGUUGAGAUCAAAUAAGCUCUGUAAGGAAAAUCAACCUAAACUUUGGGUAAUGGCCAUAAAAAAAGUAGACGAUGCCGAUGAGCAAGCAAACCGGAUAGUGCAUGUGAUGAUUGCUGAUGGCAUGUCUUUACUAUUUGAUCGAAUUGGGGGCAGGGGGGAUCACCUUGUGAGGUUAUUGGACAUAGUUUUGGCAAUGACAGGACGUGACAAUGAGUCACUCGUACGAUCUAAUUUCUUUGGGAGUUGGUGUGCUGAUGAUGUGGUUUUGUUGAAAGCUCUGUUGCUCUACAUAGAUCGCAACUUUCUCUUUUUGGUGGCAAGAUUGACCAAGGAAAUAGUUGAAACAUACCAAAUAUGCAAUCCACAGUUUAAAUAUUCUGAAGAUCUAAAUCCAAAAAGAUUCUUGACUAGCCCAUCUAUUGGAGUGCUUAAUGAUGGCUAUGAUAAUAUAUAUUGUCAAAGAUCUCCUUGGGCAUGGGACAUUUGGACAAGUGGCCAAAUGCCGGGUUCAGAUACCGACAGUUUUGUUGCUGUGAAGAUCAUUAAAAUACAACCUGCAUACUAUCAACUGGCGCUGGUUGAAGUGACUAUUUUAACAACGUUAAAUAAGAAGUAUGACCCUGAGGAUAAGCAUCACAUUGUUCGUUUAUAUGAUUAUUUUGUAUUUCAACGGCAUUUGUGA